CCAACGCUUUCGUGGACAGACAUUGCCGUGGCGUCAGAAAGCGGCACGAAAACUUGUGAAACGCAUGGCGUUACGCAAUUGGCUGCUCCCUCCCAGGACAGUCGUUCGGCUAUCUUUCUCUUUCUCUCUCUCUCUCUCUCUCUCACCCUUUUUCGCAACGAAUCUCUGACGGGCGAUAAUUUGCGCCUCUGCCCGUCCGAGUCCGCUCAUCGAGAGCACCUUCAGCCACCCUAA